GAGAAAUAUGGGGAGUUGAUGAGCAUCAGAAAAACCAGGACAGACUUUUGAGACAAGUUGAAGUUAAAUUCCAGAAAACACUGACUGAAGAAAAAGGCAAUGAAUGUCAAAAGAAAUUUGCAAAUGUAUUUCCUCUGAACUCUGAUUUUUUCCCUUCCAGACACAAUCUCUAUGAGUAUGACUUAUUUGGAAAGUGUUUAGAACAUAAUUUUGACUGUCAUAAUAAUGCUAAAUGCCUUAUAAGAAAGGAACAUUGUGAAUAUAAUGAACCUGUGAAAUCAUAUGCUAACAGCUCAUCCCAUUUUGUCAUUACUCCCUUUAAGUGUAAUCAUUGUGGAAAAGGCUUCAAUCAAACUUUGGACCUCAUCAGACAUCUGAGAAUUCAUACUGGAGAAAAGCCCUAUGAAUGUAGUAACUGUAAAAAAGCCUUCAGUCACAAAGAAAAACUUAUUAAACAUUAUAAAAUUCACAGUAGGGAGCAGUCUUACAAAUGUAAUGAAUGUGGUAAAGCUUUCAUUAAAAUGUCAAAUCUCAUUAGACAUCAAAGAAUUCAUACUGGAGAGAAGCCCUAUGCAUGUAAGGAAUGUGAGAAGUCCUUCAGCCAGAAAUCAAAUCUUAUUGAUCAUGAAAAAAUUCACACUGGAGAGAAACCUUAUGAAUGUAAUGAGUGUGGAAAAGCAUUCAGCCAGAAGCAAAGCCUCAUUGCACAUCAGAAAGUUCAUACUGGGGAGAAACCUUAUGCAUGUAAUGAAUGUGGUAAAGCCUUCCCUCGAAUUGCAUCUCUUGCUCUUCAUAUGAGAAGUCAUACAGGAGAAAAACCUUAUAAAUGUGAUAAAUGUGGUAAAGCCUUCUCUCAGUUUUCCAUGCUUAUUAUACAUGUUAGAAUUCAUACAGGUGAAAAACCCUAUGAAUGUAAUGAGUGUGGAAAAGCCUUCUCUCAAAGCUCAGCCCUUACUGUACAUAUGAGAAGUCACACUGGUGAGAAACCCUAUGAAUGUAAGGAAUGCAGAAAAGCCUUCAGCCACAAGAAAAACUUCAUUACACACCAGAAAAUCCACACUAGAGAGAAACCUUAUGAGUGUAAUGAAUGUGGGAAAGCUUUUAUACAGAUGUCAAAUCUUGUUAGACACCAGAGAAUUCAUACCGGGGAAAAACCCUAUAUAUGUAAGGAAUGUGGGAAAGCCUUUAGCCAGAAAUCCAAUCUCAUUGCUCAUGAAAAAAUUCAUUCUGGAGAGAAACCCUAUGAAUGCAGUGAAUGUGGUAAAGCCUUCAGCCAAAAGCAAAACUUUAUUACACAUCAAAAAGUUCAUACUGGAGAGAAACCUUACGAUUGUAAUGAAUGUGGUAAAGCCUUCUCUCAAAUUGCAUCCCUUACCCUUCAUUUGAGAAGUCAUACAGGGGAAAAGCCUUAUGAAUGUGACAAAUGUGGUAAAGCCUUCUCUCAGUGCUCACUGCUUAAUUUACAUAUGAGAAGUCACACAGGUGAGAAGCCCUAUGUAUGUAAUGAAUGUGGGAAAGCCUUCUCUCAAAGAACUUCCCUUAUUGUGCACAUGAGAGGUCAUACAGGUGAAAAACCCUAUGAAUGUAAUAAAUGUGGAAAAGCCUUCUCCCAAAGUUCAUCCCUUACUAUACAUAUACGAGGACAUACAGGUGAGAAACCCUUCGACUGCAGUAAAUGUGGAAAAGCCUUCUCUCAAAUCUCAUCUCUUACCCUUCAUAUGAGAAAACAUACAGGUGAGAAGCCCUAUCACUGUAUUGAGUGUGGCAAGGCUUUCAGCCAAAAGUCACACCUUGUUAGACACCAGAGAAUUCAUACUCAUUAGAAACCCUAUGAAUACUGUGAAUAUGGCAAAGCCUUCUGAAGGAAUUAACACCUCAUUGCACGUUACAUGAUCACUUCCAGAGUAGAAAACUAUGAAUGUGGGAUAGCCUUCUGAAAAAGCCACAAAUUUAUGAAACAUUAGAGAAUUCUUCCAAGGUGACAAAUUAUAUAAUGAAAAAGCUGAUUAUCAGAAACUUUCAGCAGACAUCUUACUCAUAAUAUUUAAUCAGAAUUCUCAUUGAAAUCUGAAACAAGGUAUCUGCCAUCAGCAUAACAACACAAUACUUGAGCUCCUAGCCAAUGUAUUAAGUAAGAAAAACAAGAUUGGGAAAACCAAGUAUCAAUGAAGAACUAUAAAAAUAACUUAUACAAAAAAUAGUUAAUUAGAAAACAUGUUGAUAGAAAAAUCUAAGAAUAAACACAACAAUGAAUUGAGGUCUUCAUCAAGUUAUAAAACAUGUUGAAAGGCACAAAAGAACACCUGAAAAAUGAUAUUUUGUCUGAAAAGACUUGACAUUGUAAAAAUAUAAUUUCUCUCCCAAAUCGCUAAGUUUAAUAUACUUCCACUUGAAGUUUACAUCAGUUUUAUUUUAAGGAACUUCACAAACUUAUCCAAAAAUUUUAUGUGGAAAAGUAAAGAAACAAAUAGCUGAAACAAACUUGACAAAGCAAAUAGAGAAGACACACUCUUAUUAUUAGAUAUAUACUUAUUUAAAGCUGUUGUCAUUUAAACAAUGUAUUACUGAGUGAAUAAAUCAAGCAGUAGUAAGAUAGCAUCGAUACAAAAAUCCAAGAAGAUACAGGAAUUCUGUGUAUGACAGUGCUAUUGAAAUCAUUGGGGAAUGAAUGGCUUAUUUAAUAAAUGGAAGGUUCACAGGAGAAAACUUUUAGCUUUCUACUUUAUAUCAUAUACAAAAAUAAAAUCCAACUAAAGACCAGAAUAUAAAAAGCAAAAUUCUAAAACUAUGAUGAAAGUAGAACCUGUUACUUUAGGGUAACAAGAUUUCUUUAAAAACACAUAAACAUGGAAUAGUCCAUUGAAUUUUGGUGUGUUGGCUCACAGGCACCCACAAAUGUACACAGAGAUAUCACUGUGUUCCUGAAUCAUGGUUUGUAUUGCCCAAAAUUGGAUAUAACAAAUUUUUAUCAAUUGUGGAAUAGAUGAAUAAGUGUGAUCAUUUCUGUGACAAAAUACAGAAUUUAGAGAGAAACAAAACCUACUUAUAGUUAUAUGGAUAGAUUACACUAUAUAAUAUUGAGAGAAAAAAAUUUAAAUACACAACGGAACACAGUAUAACAUUUGUAUAAUAAGAUCUUGCAAAGAACAGUACUAUGUAUUGGUCAUGGAUCCAUAUACGACUUGGUUGCCUUUUGUGAUGUGGGAAAGGUUUGAUGGGAGUUCUUAUAUUUAUCUGUAAUAUUUCUUUAAUAAAAGAGUGAAAGC